AUGCCACAGAGGUCUUCCCAGCAUCCGAAUCGUGUCCGCCACCACUCCACUAGAUCACCGACCACCGACCACCGUGGUAGUUCUAAAAAAAGGCGACCACCGUGGUCCUGCCCGCCCACAGCGCACACCGUACUGCGCCGCCUAGGCCGAUACCAGAAGCCAUCUCCUGCUCCCCACGGCUCCACUCCGGCGAGAAAUGCGGCGCCCUUCGGUUCAAGAUGGGCUGACGCGGCAACUCGGAUCGGUGGAGUCGACUCGGCAGUAAGACUGACCCUAGAAAUGCUGGAGAAGAAAGAGCGUUUGCUUCAGAAAAAGUCUUCCGCGGAAAUAGAAAAGGCUAAGGACUAUACAAAGGCAAAGAAUAAGAAUGCUGCGAUUCAGUGUUUAAAGAAAAAGAAGUUGUAUGAAACACAGAUUGAGCAGCUAUCAAAUUUUCAGUUGCGAGUUCAUGAUCAGAUUAUAAUGCUUGAAAAUGCAAAGGCAACAACUGACACUGUUGAUGCUUUGCGCUCUGGGUCAUCUGCUGUCAAAGCUAUUCAACAGUCCCUGAGUAUCGAUGACAUUGAGAAUGCAAUCGAAGAGGCGAAUGAACAUACAGAAAAUAUGAAACAGAUACAGGACGCACUUGCUACACCAUUCGGUGCUUCGGCUGAAUUCGACGAGGACGAGUUAGAGGCGGAACUGGAAGACCUCGAGGAGGAAGAACUGGACCUGGAGCUGCCUGAACCGCCUCGGGGGACACGCGUGGCGCCAUCAGCGUUGGCGGCGAGUUCUUCUCGACUGGCGGCCAGCGAUUUCGCUGAACUGACCAAACUUCAGGCAGAGAUGGCGAUUUAG